AUGUCUGACUUUUCUAAAGAAAGAGCUGUAGCUAUUCAAGCCGUCCUUACCGCUUCAAAAGUCUGUCAGUCCGUCUUUCAACACUUGGUUGCCAACGAGACGUUGACAAAGAACGACAAGUCUCCCGUCACUGUGGCUGAUUUUUCUGCUCAGGCCAUCAUAAACACUUUUCUUUACAAACAUUUUCCAAACGAUCCUAUCGUGGGUGAAGAGGAUUCAAAGGAUUUACAAGGCGAUAGUGGUAAGGCAUUAAGAGAUAAGGUAGUAUCCCUUACAAAUGGCGUAUUAAGCCAAGACGAGGUACUUUCCGAGCAGCAGAUCUUGGACGCCAUUGAUCGGGGUAAUUAUGCAGGCGGUUCUCGUGGCCGCCAUUGGGCUUUGGACCCUAUUGAUGGAACUAAAGGAUUCUUGCGUGGUGGACAGUAUGCUGUAUGUUUAGCAUUGAUUGUGGACGGUAUUGUGCAAGUAGGUGUCAUUGGAUGUCCCAAUUUACCUGUAAACCAUCAUGAGCCCCAAGGAGAAAAGGGUGCCUUAUUUAUCGCAGUGCGUGGUCAAGGUGCAUUCCAGCGAUCCUUUUCAAACGAAACAGAAACUCGCAUUCAGUUUGCAGAUAUUUCUUCUACUGAAGAAUCUACGUUCUGUGAAUCUGUCGAAGCAGGCCAUUCCUCACAUGGAGAUGCAGAAGAAAUAGCCAAAUUAUUAGGUAUAACACGUACUCCCGUUCGUAUGGAUAGCCAAGCCAAAUAUUGCUCUAUAUCACGAGGUGAUGCUGAUAUCUAUCUACGUCUACCUACGAGCAAAGCUUAUGUAGAAAAAAUCUGGGAUCAUGCUUCUGGUAAUGUCCUUGUAACUGAAGCAGGAGGUAAAGUGACUGAUAUCUAUGGUCAAUCUCUUGAUUUCUCUAUUGGCCGCACUUUGGAAAAGAACAAGGGAGUGAUUGCGUCCAAAGCAUCUAUUCAUCCUCAGGUGCUAAAAGCUGUUCAAAAAGUAUUGAAUAUUGAAUAA